GACCUCUUUGAGUGUAUUACUACAGAGUCCUCUAGGCUCGCCGCUUACAACAAGUUAUCCACCAUCUCCUCUCGCGAUAUCCAGACUGUAACUAGACUUGUCCUUCCUCCUGGCCUAACUCCGCACACCAUCUCCGCGGGCAACCAAGCCACCACAAGUUACUCCUUCCACACUAAG